AUGAUUCGUACUGGUUUGGUAACUGGUGCUGCUCGAGGAAUAGGACGUGCUAUUGCACUUCGUCUUGCUAGAGAUGGUCUCAAUGUUGUUGUUAAUGAUAUACAAGCUAGUUCUUCUGACCUUCAAAACGUUCAACAAGAAAUCGAACAAAUGGAUACAAGUGUAGACGAUUGGGAUAAAAUUUUUGCAAAUAUGCGUGGUGUAUUUCUUUGCUACAAAGAAGCAGCUAAAAUCAUGAUUACACAAGGUAGAGGAGGAAAAAUCAUUGGUGCUUGUAGUAAUGCUGGAUAUAAACCACAUCCAAUGAUCAGUCAUUAUUCUGCUACAAAAUGGGGUGUACGGGGUUUAACACAAGCGGCUGCUUUGGAAUGGGCUCCAUAUAAUAUUACAGUCAAUGCUUAUUGUCCAGGAAUCACCAAGACAUCGUUGUUUGAUAGGUUUAAUGAAGAAUUGGCAGAAUUUCAAGGAAAGUCAAAGGAACAUCUUAUGGAAGAUCUUCUAAAAACUGUUCCACUUGGUCGUGUAGGAUAUCCAGAUGAUAUCGCAAAUUUGGUUUCAUUUCUUGCAAGCAAAAAUUCCGACUAUAUUACUGGACAGAGUAUUUUAAUGAAAAGUAAAGAAGGUCCAUUGACAAAAAGUAUUCGAUUUACAGCUGCACUUAUUUUACGUAAUAUUGCUCGAUAUUCAUAG